AUGCCCGACAUGCCGCCACUGCAGGUUUUCAGCGAUGCGAAUGAUGACUUCGCUGCGCCGCCGGUAGGUUUGGCGGAAAUCAAUGCAUCCGGCCCACGGCGGCGAGACUUCAUCCUCGAAGAGGUUCAGCCGGGCCAAGAUGGGCGGCGUCCGGUUGACAUCCCGAUCCAGUCACCGGGCGAGGCGCAGGCUUUCGCAGCAAACUACGCUGCCGCGUCUCAUGUCCCUGUUGAUGUGGACCUUGCGAAAAAUCAGAUAAUCCCCGACGACCCUGCAGAG